ACGAAGAAAAGACUCUCUUUGGGUAAAGAUAAGAACGGCCAAAGCGAGCCAUCGAUCGAGUUCCCUCCUCUAGCUUUCCCCCACCCUUUCCCCGGGAAUGGACGACGGGACCGCCGAUGGACGGCCCGUCGGCGGCACCGAGUACAGCUGGUGCCGGGCCGUGGAGGGCGGGACCGGCAUCACUGUCCUCGCCCUCCUCCUCUCCCGACCUGUCUCCCGCCCCCUCCUCGAUUCCGCUCUCCACCAGCUCCAAUCCUCCCACCCUCUCCUCCGGGCCCACCUCGUCACCGUCGCCUCCAGACACCCCUUCUUCGCCAUCGCCACCCCCCGGUCGGAAGUCCUCCGGCUCCUCUCCUCCUCCGAUCUCCUCCUGCCGCCGCCGGCAUCGGCGUCGGCGGUGUCGGUUUCGCCCUUCCACGCCCUCUUAGAGCAUGAGUUCAACCAGAACCCCUGGUCCGACGGGGGCCCGACUCACCAGGUCCUCUUCGCGACACUCUACGAGAUGCCCGAGCCCGGCCGGUCCACCCUCGCGCUCCGGCUUCACACCGCGGUCUGCGAUCGCACCUCCGCCGUGGCGGUCCUGAAGGAGCUCCUGGCCUUGAUGGACGCUUCGGGGGAGAGAAUCCACGGAGAGGCGGAUGGGUUCAAUCGGGGGAUAGAUGACUUGAUUCCGAAGCAGGACGCCUGGAAGCCGUUCUGGGCGCGGGGGAAGGAUUUGGUCGGCUACUCGUUGAACGCCCUGAGGACAUCGACCCUCCGGUUCGAGGAUGCUGCCUCCGAGCGGCGGUCGCAGGUGGCGAGGCUGGUGUUGGGCACCGACGACACCCAGAAACUUCUCACCGCAUGCAGAAAGAGGGGAAUUAAGCUGUGUGGAGCCUUAUCAGCUGCAGCAAUGGUGGCUACGCGUGCAUCAAAACAAUGGGACAAUGAUCGCUACGAGACUUACUCGGUCAUCACCCUCAUCGAUUGCCGCAAGUAUCUCGAUCCGCCUCUGCAUGAUCACAACAUCGGAUUCUAUCACUCGGCCCUCAUCAACACACACAGCAUUCAUGGGGGAGAAGGACUAUGGGAGGUCGCGGAGAGAUGCCAAUGCUCCUACUCCACCGCCAUGACCAACAAGAAGCAUCUCAAAGACAUCGGCGAGGUGAACUACCUGAUGGGCAGGGCCAUCGAUCACCCCCACCUCACCAAUUCCUCAGCCCUCAGAACCGCGCUCGUCUCCGUGUUCGAAGAGCCCGUCGUGUACGAGUCGUCGGCGGCGCUGCAGCACCAGCUCGGCUUGGACGACUACGUCGGCUGUGCUUCCGCCCAUGGGGUCGGCCCCUCCAUCGCCGUGUUCGAUACGAUCCGAGAUGGCCAGCUCGACUGUGCUUGCGUGUACCCUUCGCCGCUCCACUCGAGGAAGCAGAUGCAGGAGCUUGUGGAACAGAUGAAGAGGAUUCUGAGAGGAGAUGAUUGUGAGAAGAGCACAAAGUAGACACACCUCUGAGUGUUCCAUUAAGAAGAGGUUCAGAAACUACUUGUUGCAAAAGAAUCUGCAUAGUUUCAAUGAUCUUUACUACAUUUUCAUAAUCGAAAAAAUUGCAUUUGAAAUUUAAAUUCA